AUACACCCAAACACUCACAAAUUCAAUUCUUAUCUCUCUCUCUUUCUCUCUCUCUCGCGCUUUUUUUCUCUCUUCAUUUCCCAUCUCUAUUCACUGUCUUCCUCAAUUUCAAGCGUCGGAACCCUAAUUUCCAUGGAUUCAUCUUCAAGAGCUCUCAAGGGUUUCAAAGAGGGGCGAAAAGUGAGAGUGAUUGCAAAGAUCAAAAGCUUGCCUGGUCAGGAAAUAGAUGGAGAAUCUACGGCAUCUUGGAUCUCUGUGAACAAGCCUAAUGGGGAUGCUUCCGAAUCUGUAGCCAUUUCCUUUGGGGACCAGCCAGUGAGUCGAAAGGAAACUUAUGAAGUAGACUACUGCUACGAGCAAAACGAAGACACUGAAAACAUAUUUACAAGAGAGGUGAAAUCUCUGAUUCCUGGGGUCUUUGAUGGUCAUCAUGCAACAGUUAUCGCAUAUGGUGCAAGAGGCACUGGGAAAACUUCUACAAUUCAGGGUACUAUUGAGAAACAGGGUUUGGCAUCAUUAACCAUUAAUGAAUUACUUCUAAUGGCCAAAGAAAAAGGGAAAUCAGUUUCCAUAUCAUACUAUGAAGUUUACAUGGACUAUGUCUAUGAUUUACUGGAUCCGAAACGAGCAACAGUUCUGGUAUUGGAUAAUGGUCAAGGAAAAAUACAACUUAAGGGACUUUCGCGGAUUCCAGUGAAAUCUCUAUCAGAUUUUCAUGGACUAUAUUUUGUUGGUUCUAGUUCACAUAAACAAGGGCAAAAGAAUACAAAUGAACCUCCUCCUAGAAGCCACAGGGGCUUGAUAGUGCAUAUUUCAUCUACCAAUGAGACUGCGCCAGAUACUCGUUUUGUUUCCAAGAUGAAUUUCGUUGACAUGGCUGGUUAUGAAGAUGCUAGAAGGAGAAGUACUGAUGGCACGAGCCUCGUCGAAAAUAGUAAAAUUAACAAGUCGAUAUACGCCUUGCUGAAUGUUGCUUCUGCUUUGAAUUCAAAUGAUAACCACGUGCCAUAUCGAGAAAGUAAGCUUACACGCAUUCUGCAAGAUUCCUUGGGAGGAGCGCAAAGCAAGAUUUUGAUGAUUAGUUGCUUGAAUUCAUCAUUUUGCCAAGACUCCAUCUACAUGGCGAACUUAGCAGCUAGAUCUUGUCAAGUAAUUAAGCGCGUUGCUUCAAGUGCCAUUAGGAAAAUGAAGAGUUCAACAAAUUCUGCGGUGCAUUCAUCACUUAAAAGCCAAAUACCCAAGAGCGUUUCUGCAACUGCAAAGAAGCAGACCAUCUCCCGAUUUUCAUUUUCUGAAAAGAAGGCUAGUGUUAGUACAACCUCCUCUGCAAUGAAAGGAAGGAAGUUGUUCGAUGAUGCAACAAGUUAUUUGGGAAAACUGGACAAGGAAACUAAAUUGUCAAGUGCAUCUUCUAGACGUGAACGUUUGAAGAAUGGAGGACCUAUUUCUGUUAUAGACCAGGUGAAACCAUUGUCAUGUUCUAUAAAGCCGGAAGAAGAAUCUACUUCUGCAUUGGAGAAGGAACUAUCUGUUGCAGAAAUUUCCAAUUCGGUAGAAACUACUAUUGUGCCAGAGGUUGUUUCUAAUAGCAAGCAAGAACCUGAAAGAAUCGAUAACGACAUGAGUGUAUUAUCUGCCAAUGGAGGUGGUCAAAAUAUCAACGAGGAAGACAAUUACUCAAUGAUCAAUAUUGACGACAUUCUUGUGGAAAGCACACCUGAGGUGACCAGUAGCACCAGUUUGUUUGCUGUUCAAAAUUCGUGUUUAGAUAAGGAAAACAGUAGCUAUAUGAUCAAUGAAGAAUCAUCUCCUCCAAUCAGUGCACGAUUACAAGCAUUAUCAAACAGUUUGAAGUUACUCUGUUCUUCGACACCAACGUGUAAGAUCCCUGUUAGUGAUGAUCCAUAUGCCUUAGUCUCUACUGAUGCUGUUACGGAACAACAAACUCCGAAAAUGGAACGAAGUUUGCAGGUUUAUGAUGAAGAGGAUGUUGCAAAUCCAACUACUACUCCUUGGGAAAAACUAAGCAAGCGCAGUACGGGUUUGCAGAAAUUGCUAGUGGAGGAUCUUCUAAGGUUUAUUAACACAGCUAGCAAGGAAGAAUUGAAACAAUUGAAUGGUAUUGGAGAGAAGAGAGCAGCAGCAAUAAUUGAACUUCGCAAAGAAUCGCCCGAGCCUUUUAAUAGUAUUGAUGAUCUAAUGAAGAUCGGACUAUCAGCAAAACAGGUAAAAGGAUUGAUGAAAAAAGAAGCUGGUGAGCUAUUAUUCAAUUAGGAGACGGAAGUGAAGUAUUCUUAGAGCAUAAUUGUUGUCAUAAGAGAUAAGAAAAUAUUUGAAUAACUGUCUAACACAUAUUGUCGAGUAAUAUAUGCAUUCUAUACUUAAAUUCUUUUGAACUUGAGCCUGAGAUAUUGGUAUAUGUAAAGUUUUAUGUAUAUAUAAAGGGCUGUUUGUUCUUAUUUU